GGCCGCACCCACAGGCACCGUGGGAGCCGCCAUUGCAGCUGCGGCACGACCGCGGUCGCUCUGGUGGUGGGCGCCAUAUCGGCCUCCAGUUGCAACAGGAUCCUGACAGAGCCAGCGAUUGUGGACCAGAAGUGUGGGAACGGCCAACAAGGUCGAGGCCGGGCAUCUGCCCGAGAUGGCUGCAUCUGAAUCCGAGUGCAGCGGCGCGGGAUCAGUGACGCUCAAAGAUGUGACUAUGGCCUUUACUCAGAAGGAAUGGGAGAAACUGGAUCCUGCUCAAAGGGACUUGUACAAGGAUGUGAUGCUGGAGAACUAUACCAACCUAGCCUCAACGGGGUAUCAAGCUCCCAAACCAGACAUGAUCAGCAAGUUAGAAAAAGGCGAAAAGCCAUGGUCAGGGAAGAGGAAAAGACCCAGUCAAACCCAUCCAAGUAAACUAGCAAGACCCAAGCAAACAGGAGCCAGUGGAAAAGUUCAUCAAGAUGACCAGCUAAAGAAUAAUGAGAAAUCUCAAGACAAACACAUUAGGGAAUGUGCAUUCCAGAAAACUCCAACUAAGAAGAAAGGCGGUGAGUGUAUUUCAUUGGAGAAAAAAAAUGUGAGUACAAAACAUAGUCCUUCACAGAAAAAGUUUAAAUUUGAUUCACAUGGAAAGGAUUUGAAACAGAAUGUAGACUCACUUGGUCAUGUAAAAAACUCUGCAAAAAAGAAACCUGAUAUUGCUAAAGAACACAAGAAGGCAUUAAAGCAUAGCUUAUCUGAUACAAAGAAAGACAAAAAUCAAACUGGAAAGAAACUUGAUAAAUUAUCCAACCAUACUUCUGAUAAGUGUGACAAAACUCAAACUGGCAAGAAACAAAAGAAAUUAUAUGAUCAUCAUUCAUCCUGUACUAAGAAAGACAAAAUCCAAAUGGGAGAGAAACAUGAGACAUCAUCUGCUAAGACUGAAAAAAUUCAAGCUUCUGUGAAACCCUAUGAGUGUGAUCAAUGUGGCAAGGUUCUCAGCCAUAAACAAGGACUUAUUGACCACCACAGAACUCAUACAGGGGAGAAACCAUAUGAAUGCAAUGAAUGUGGAAUUGCCUUUAGUCAGAAGUCUCACCUUGUUGUACAUCAGAGAACUCACACUGGAGAAAAGCCAUAUGAAUGUGUUCAAUGUGGCAAAGCCCAUGGUCAUAAACAUGCCCUUACUGACCACCUAAGAAUUCAUACUGGGGAAAAGCCCUAUGAAUGUACUGAAUGUGGAAAAACUUUUAGACACAGCUCAAACCUUAUCCAACAUGUGAGAUCUCAUACAGGUGAAAAGCCUUAUGAAUGUAAGGAAUGUGGAAAAUCUUUUAGGUAUAACUCAUCUCUUACUGAACAUGUGAGAACUCAUACAGGUGAAAUACCAUAUGAAUGUAAUGAAUGUGGCAAAGGUUUUAAGUAUAGUUCAUCCCUGACAAAACAUAUGCGAAUUCAUACAGGUGAGAAACCUUUCGAAUGUGAUGAGUGUGGGAAAACAUUCAGCAAAAAGUCACACCUCAUUAUACAUCAAAGAACUCAUACAAAAGAGAAACCUUAUAAAUGUGAUGAAUGUGGAAAAGCCUUUGGACAUAGCUCAUCUCUUACUUACCAUAUGAGAACCCAUACUGGUGAAAAUCCCUUCGAAUGUAAUCAGUGUGGGAAGGCCUUUAAACAAAUUGAAGGUCUUACUCAACAUCAGAGAGUUCAUACCGGGGAGAAACCAUAUGAAUGUAAUGAAUGUGGGAAAGCUUUUAGCCAAAAGUCACAUCUCAUUGUACAUGAAAGAACUCACACAGGUGAGAAACCAUAUGAAUGCAAUGAAUGUGGAAAAGCUUUCAAUGCAAAGUCACAACUCGUUAUACAUCAGAGAUCCCACACAGGAGAGAAACCCUAUGAAUGUAAUGAAUGUGGGAAAACCUUCAAACAAAAUGCAUCACUUAUCAAGCACAUGAAAACUCAUUGAAAAAACUCAUGAAUGAAAUCAGUUGUGGAAAUCUGAUAAUGGAAAACUGUUGUGUUUAAUGUUAGAAACAUGUAUUCUAAACUUAGAGAAUAUUAGGAAACCUCUAACAAGUUCCACUUCAUGGUGAGAAGUCACACCAUGUUAUACAUUAGAGAAUUGAAUGUGGACUUUCAUAUAGAAGCAGUGGAUAGAAAUAAGAAUUGUAAUGUGGGAUCAAAUACUUUACAGAAAAAUUUUCAAAAAGUAGAUCUUAACUAUAUAGUCAGGCUGGCCUUAAAGUCACUGUGUAGGCCAUGCUGACUUUGAAUUUGUGGUAAUCCUCCUGUCUCAGUUUCCUGAGUGCUAGAAGUAUAGACAUGUGCCUCCACACCCAGCGAAAAUAUUCCUUGAAAAAAAUUAUAAGUGAUCUACAUGUUUAGGUUGAAAUACAAAGCUUUAAAUGUUGAGUAAUCAAUACAAUAAUGAAGCAAGUUGUAUCUACUAGCAAUUUGGGUUGCUUAGGUCUUGUGUCCUUCAGCACCACAUUAGAAUUGAAUUUUCGUAUUUGUAUAUUGCUUUGUAUGAAAAGUGUGGUCAUUUGUAUAAGCCUCUUUUAUAUUGUAUCCAUAUUUUUUUAAAUUAAUGUCUAAAUUGGAUUCUACAUAGCAGCAAAUAAUUUGUAUUAAUGUAAAAGUAAACAGAAAAUUAAGAAAAAGUAAAUAAAAAAACUGCUAAAGAUGCAAAUGUACUGGUAGUGAGUGUUUAAAAAUGGAUUAGUGAACCAUGUAUGCAUUAUGUUCCUAUUUUUGGCUGAAAGGACAUAUUUUUACCUGUCUCUUUGCGCGUGUGUGUAUAUAUGUAUGUAUGUAUAAAUAUAUUUGUAUAUGAAUAGAUUUUGUUUAAAAAGUCCAGAAGAAACUUAAACAGGCACAGGAGUAUGGAAGUAUUGUCUGGGUUGGGAAUGAGACCUCUUUUUUUAGUAUAUUGUUUAAAUAUUUAUCAUAUAUGUGUAUUUAUUUUCACAAUUAAAAUAUUUUAAUAUGCAUAAAUCAACACUUUAAGAAUAUCACUGAGCCAACUUUACAAUGUCUGACAGAUUACAAAAGUUUCUGUGCUUUUUCAUGAAUGAUCAUGAAUCUGAACUAUAUGGCAUUAAACUUGUUGAAUUCACAAAA